AUGGCCGCGUCCACCCUGUCCAUCUGCUCCAGCGACCGGAGCUACGGCAGCCGCGUCUGCCUGCCCGGCUCCUGUGACUCCUGCCCCGACUCCUGGCAGGUGGACGACUGCCCAGAGAGCUGCUGCGAGCCCCCCUGCUGUGCCCCCACCUGCUGUGCCCCCACCUGCUGUGUCCCCACCUGCUGUGUCCCUACCUGCUGUGCCCCCACCUGCUGUGCCCCCUCCUGCCUGACCCUCAUCUGCACCCCUGCGAGCUGCGGGUCCAGCCCCUGCCAGUCAGCCUGUACCAGCUCCUGCCAGCCCUCCUGCUGCAGCUCCUCCCCCUGCCAGGAAGACUGCGGUGUAUCUGUCUGCUGCAAGCCCAUCUGCUGCACCCCUGUCUGCUGCAAGCCCGUCUGCUGCACCCCUGUCUGCUGCCAAGCCUCCCCCUGCUCAGCCUCCUCAUGCUGCCAGCAGUCUAGCUGCCAGCCCUCCUGCUGCAGCUCCUCCCCCUGCCAGGAAGACUGCUGCCAGCCUGUCUGCUACACCCCUGUCUGCUGCAAGCCCGUCUGCUGCACCCCUGUCUGCUCCGGGCCCUCCUCCUGCUGCCAGCCCAGCCCCUGCUCCUCGUCCUGCUGCAGACCGUCCUCCUGCGUGUCCCUGCUCUGCCGCCCCGUGUGCAGGCCUGCCUGCUGCGUGCCCGCCUCCUCCUGCUGUGCCCCCACCUCCUCCUGCCAGCCCAGCUGCUGCCGCCGAGCCUCCUGCGUGUCCCUGCUCUGCCGCCCUGUGGGCUCCCGCCAGGCCUGCUGCGUGCCUGCCUCGGCCCAGAAGACCUGCUGCUGA